AUGAUGGCGGCAAUCUUAUGGUUCGCCUUGGCAGUGACCGUGUCAGCUGACAUCUAUAGCUGUGGAGGUUUUGUAAAGUCGAGUGUGCCAAUAGACUACUCAAAAAUACAGGUAAAACUUCUUACUCCUGAAGGGCAUCUUAAACAUGAAGAGGAAUGCAACCCGAAGAAUGGUUAUUAUAUGAUUCCAAUAUACAAUAAGGGCCAAUAUUCCUUGAAAGUCUCUGCUCCGGAAGGAUGGUACUUUGAACCGGAAACUGUAGACUUCAAACUUGAUGGUGUGAAUGAUCCGUGUACAAAAAAUGAAGACAUCAAUUUCUCAUUGACAGGGUUCUCUAUCAGUGGAAUCGUUAAUGGGGGUACAGGAACUGGACCAGCAGGGCUUUCGCUGACCCUCAAACAGAAUGGCAAAGUCGUAGAUACGGCGACAACUGUCGAAGGAGGAAAGUAUUCAUUCAAAGCAGUUGCAGGAAAGUAUGAAGUAUCUACAGGAGCAGAUUCUUCUGUAUGUAUCAGUCAUGGGAAGGCCUUAGUUGAGGUUUGUGACCUUCUUCUUCUCUGA